AACCAUUUUGCAUUUCGUGAUUUAAGUAAGCAAGAAACAUGACUGAGAAUAAAUGUAAGGAACCUCUUGGCAUAAAGAUGGCAGCUGCACGAGCAGUCGAGAGCCUUUUACCCACGAAGUCGAAAAAUUUAUAUAACAAGCGGUAUGAAGAAUUUAAAAAAUGGUGUGCAAGUAAAACUGUACAAGAAUACACUGAAAAUGUCAUGCUCGCUUAUUUUGAAGAGAAACAGCAAGGGUUUUCACCUUCUUCGCUGUGGUCCUUGUACUCAAUGCUCAAGGCCACAAUAUUGGUCAAGAAAAAUAUCGACAUUAGUAGGUUUCCAAAACUAAUUGCGUUUAUCAAACGUCAAAAUGACGGAUAUAAACCGAAGAAGUCCAAAGUGCUCACGAGAGAAGAAAUGGACAGGUUUUUAAUAGAUGCUCCAAAUGAUAAAUAUCUAUUGUCCAAGGUUGUAUUGACUUUGGGAGUCGCUGGGGCAUGUAGGGGAAAUGAGCUGUGUACAUCAAAGAUUACUGAUGUUCGCGACGUCGGUGAUAUGCUUGUUGUUAAUAUAAGAGACACGAAGACAAAUGUGGAUAGAACUUUUACCAUUGUCAACAACGACAGAAGUAAUCUUAACUUUGUGGAAUUGUGCAGAAAAUAUAUGUCACUUAGGAAGCCGAACACGAAUCAUGACCGAUUCUUUGUUUAUUAUAAAGAUAAUAAGUGCACUGUCCAACCGAUUGGAAAAAAUUUUUUUGGAAAGUUACCGCGACAAAUCGCUACUUUCUUGAAUCUUUCGGAUGCUUAUUUCUACACAGGCCACUGUUUUAGACGAUCCUCCGCCUCGUUGCUAGCUGAUGCUGGUGCUGGUGCUGAUGUUAGUGCUCUUAAACGUCAUGGCGGAUGGAGGUCUGCAACAGUGGCUGAAGGGUAUGUUGAAAAUUCCCUGAAUAACAAAAUUCAAACGGCAGAAAAAAUUCUAAUUGGCCAUGAGCAGGGUACGAGUACGGUUAAUGCAAAUAGUAGCACCAGUGCAAACGUUGCUAUUAAAGAAAUAAGAGGUGAACAUGUUGCUCCAAUCAUUAAUCUACAUAAUUGUGAAAAUUGUAUUAUAAACGUUAAUAUAGCUAAAUAAAUAUUGACAAGACUU